AAAAUCGUUGGGUGGUUUCCCUCAGUCCAAUUUAUUUUUGGUUGAAUACCUUCUUCUUCUUCCGUUUCUUAAUCAAUAACAACACCGAUCUCGGUUUAUCUGUCUUUAUUUUUAUUAUAUAAACUACUCAUUUAUCAUGUAAACGAGCUCUCACAAGCCUUAUCUACACCUCAAAAGAAGAGAAAAAAAGACGAAUGGAUUCGUCUAAUAAUCAAAUUUCUUUCAUCAAUCAACACCAGUUUUUUCACGAUCCUCGUCAACAACAACAGCAACAACAACAAAUGGAAAAUCAUAAGAAUCAUCAGAUUUCUUUUGGAUUAUCGUCAGCUAAUCCUGGGAACUUCAUAAACAAAGAGAAUAAUGGUGGAGCUUAUGAUUUAGGUGAACUAGAUCAAGCACUUUUUCUAUAUCUUGAUGGACAAGAUCCUUCUUCUUCAUCAAUUCAAGAUCAUAGACAGAAUAAUUAUGGAAUGAGGCCACCAACUCUCAACAUUUUUCCAUCACAACCAAUGCAUAUUGAGCCAUCUUCAACAAAGGCAAAUAAUAAUGAAAUGGUUUCUCAAGCUACAAAUGGUUCCAAAAAAUCAUCUCAACCAUCAAUGGACAAAAGUGAACCACCCAAAGUUACUAAGGGAGAGGGAAGUCGUAAGGUUUCAACUUCAAGUCCUGAGCAAGACGCACCCAAAACAUCAGAUCCCAAGACAUUAAGGAGACUUGCUCAGAAUAGAGAGGCAGCAAGGAAAAGCAGAAUUAGGAAAAAGGCUUAUGUUCAACAGCUAGAGACAAGUAGAAUAAGGCUCACUCAAUUGGAGCAUGAAAUACAAAGAGCCAGAUCUCAAGGAUUUCAUGUUGGAGGAAAUGUUCUUCUAGGAGGAGACCAAGGCUUUCAACUUAUUAAUAGGACCAAUAUCAGCUCAGAUGCUGCAGUAUUCGAUUUGGAGUAUGCAAGAUGGCUGGAAGAACAUCAUCGACUCAUAUGUGAACUUAGAAAUGCAGUACAUGAAGAACAAUUGCAGGAGGACGAACUUCGUAUUUACGUCGAAAAUUGUGUGGUACAUUAUGACAAUAUAAUGAACUUGAAGGGCAUGCUUGCAAAAUCUGAUGUGUUUCAUUUGGUUUCUGGCUUGUGGAAGUCUCCCGCUGAACGUUGCUUCUUGUGGAUUGGCGAUUUUCGUCCAUCCGAAAUUCUCAAAAUUAUAAUGUGUCAAAUAGAGGCAUUAACAGAAAACCAAUUGUUGGGAAUGUGUGGAUUACAAAAAUCAACACAAGAAGCUGAGGAUGCUUUGUCACAAGGAUUAGAGACUUUGAAUCAGUCAUUAUCAGAUACAAUAAUUGCCUCAGAUGCAUUAAUAUUGGGUAAUAAUAAUGAAAAUAUGGGAAACUACAUGGCUCUUGCUAUUAACCAACUCUCCACUGUUGAAGCCUUCCUCAGACAGUAUAAAGCGGAGCAGGACCGUUGGCCUGAUCUGACUCCCCACCCAACCGCCCUGGCGUAUGUUUCCGUUAAAAACUAGUUUACAUGAAGAAGGACUGUUCAAGACAUAUAAAAAGUACAUACUCAAUAUGAGACAUUCUCUUUUAACUCCCCUUUCACGCUGAGUCACUUUUUGGACCGGACCAUGCACAAUCAUGUUAAACUCAACGGGUUUUGGCUUUCAUAUCUGGGCAAUCAUACUCUCUUUGAACCAAUUUUUAGAGUAUGAAUUAGACCUAAAAUCUAUUUAAUUUAGUAUUGAAGUCAGACUCAUUGAAUUUUUUUCGCGAGUGUAUGUACCUCGAUCUACGGUUGUGCAUGUGCUAGUCCGAAAUGUAUUUGUACAUGAGGAGUGUUGCAGAAAAAUGUCUCACAUAAGAUCGGGACAAGAUCUCAUAACUUCUUAUAUAUAUGACUUUGAGCAAUUUUUUUCUCUUAUAAAA